AUGCCCUCACGCAUCAUCAAUUACUACUCUAUCCUGGGUAUAUCCCAUAACGCCAGCCUGAAAGACAUCAACAGCGCCUACAAGAGACUCGCAUUAAAGUACCACCCGGAUAAGAAAACCGCCACUACCAGCGAAGACCCCUCCACAGACGAAUUCCAAAAGAUACAACAAGCCAUUGAAAUUCUUCGCGACCCCAUCCUAAAACAAGCCCACGACAGCAGUCUCCAUCAACAGGGGUACCUCUUCUCGGACUUCCCGGACGACGACUACAACGACGAAGAUUACCCGCCCGGAUCAACCUGGCGCCCUACGGAAGGUAGCCGCUAUGACCUAAGGGACCCCAGGGAACGGUAUAUGUACAGCUACGGAAAUAGUGUGCAUAUGGACCCCUUUUCGGCGGAUUCGUUGGCAGAGAAGGCUCGCGUGCAGGUUGAGAUUCGGGUUGGGGAGAUGUUGAGGAGGGAGGCCGAGAUGAGGGAGGCUGCUGAGGCGGCAGCUGCAGCUGCAGCUUCUAGGGAGGAGGGAGAUGGGGACUAUGAGGAUGACGAUGACGAUGACGAUGACGAUGACGAUGACGAUGACGAUGACGAUGACGAUGAAUAUGUGGAGGAGGAGUGGAUUGGUUUCGAUUGGGAUGAUAGACCUAAAACGUACGAGGAGUUUUUGGAGUAUUUGAAGAACGAAGAAGAGGGGAAAGAGGAGAGAAGAAAGGCGGCCAUGAGGGCGAAUGUGGAGAGGGAUGAGGAAGUACUGAAGAGUGGUGAAGAUGAGGAGGGGAAUGAAGAUGGGGACCUGAAGGAGUUCGCGAAGGGCUAUGAUUUUGGGUACUGUUGGCGGUCCAAGGAGGCGGGCUUGUCGGUGCCGAGGGAGUAUCACGAUGAUUUCUAUUCCAAUGGUGAAGAUGACCAGGGCGUCGAUUGGGACAGAGAAUAUGUGGAAGAAGAAAUGAAAGAAGACGAAGAACAAGACAACGACGACAGUGACAAACAAGAAGAACGACGACGAAGACCACGACGAACACUCCCUGGGCCCCAACUCCCCAACCCACCCCCCGACGCCUCCUACCACUCCGACUCCGACUCCUACAACUACUACGACGACGACGAUGAUGAAUACGAUGACGCAGGCAACGACUGCGCAGAUCUCUAUUACUACGAGGACGCAGCCGAACAAGCCACAGACGAGCAGUCCAGCUCCGAGUACCUAACCGCCAGACAGUCAUCCGAAGCCAGCCCGACAAGGUCCGGCGUUAGUGUACAUCGACCUUCCAUCGGCGGCGGCGGAUCAUCCAUAUUCUACGAUUUAUGCGAACAAGACCUCACAUUACUUUCCUUUUCUGACGAGCCCUCCAAGAAAUCCACUUCCGGAGUCGACCUCACCCUCGCCCCUGACUAUCUCGCCCCCUUCAUUCCUCACUUUCAGAAUAAACUCAGCCACCCUAGCGGCCGUUAUACGGCCCAGGACUUCCUCAACGAGGUAACGGGCAUGAUCCUCGAGAUCUACUGCGGCUGGCUCGAAAGUGUCCGUCUCACGAUGCCCGAGGCCAAGUCGCUUCAGGAAGGCCAGGACCCUCAGCACUGUCGUCAUUUGGGCUGCUGGGAGAAACACUUCAAUCGGGCCGUAUGUGACGAAUGCCAUCUCUGGCAGCCUAUUUACACGUUGACUUGUCCGGGAUGUGGGACUGGGGCGUGCGUGGGAUGUAAGUUCAGUGGGUGCUGCGUUCGACAGGUCGUGUAG